CAUAGAGUGGCGCUUUAGCAGCAGUUAUGUGUACUUUAGCUUUAUGUUUGAUCGAUAAAUAAAAAGGUUCGAAAUGGAUCAAGACAUAUCACUUUUGAUUACUUCCGACUUGGAGAAAAAGAUAUCCGACUGUUUUCUGAUAUUCGACCAUCAUGGAAACAAGACUGUCGAUGUUCGAGAAAUCGGGACGAUAAUACGUUAUUUAGGUUGUGUUCCCUCUGAGGACGAGAUAAAUGAAAUAAUUUCUGCAACAGAAUCUGAGGAUUCAAGUGGAACCAUAACACUAUCGAAAUUCCUUCCACAUGUUACUCAACUGCUAGCAGAGCAUAAAAUGGAAGCUGCAUCGCCAGAAAAACUGUUGGAAGCCUUUAAAGUCUUGGACGUUGAUGGUAAAGGUUACUUAACGAAAGAAUAUAUGAGCAAAGUGAUGAUGCAGGACGGUGAGCCGUUUACACAAGAAGAACUGGACGAAAUGAUGUCUUCAGCAGUUGAUGCUCAAACUGGUAGAAUACCUUACGAAUACUACAUCAACUCACUGAUGGUGGAUGUAUAGAAUGUGCAAAGAUAUGACGAAAAAGCGAUUGUUUCAUAUACUUACACUCAGUGAACAUAGUAGCGUCGUAUUCACUUUCACAGCAGUGUUCUCCAGAAUACCUAACUAUAAGUGUUUGAUUUUACGGCUGGGAAUCGAUUUUCGAAUCGGCUAGGUGUGGUCAUUAAAUCUGUUACUUCUUUUGUUUAAAGCAUUUCCUAGUCUUUGAUGCAAAAUCUUGUA